CCGCGCUCACGUGCGUCCUCUUGGACGAAACAGCGAGUCGGGACGUGAAGGAGCGAGGCGAGGCGACGCGCGACGCGGCUGGGUAGUGGGUAGUUGGUAGGCGAGCGACCGGCACGCCGUCCCUCCCUUCCCCCACGCAGUCUCCCGUUACUCCUCUCGGCGCGGGCGGAGGCGAGCGAGCGAGGAAUCUCGUGCGCUGCUGAUCUCGUGACGAUGCGGAUCCCGGGGCGGCUCUUCCUCGCGCUGCUGCUCGUCGCGCUCGCGGCCGGGUCGGCGGCGGCGCAGGACGCGGCAGAGGAGGGCGUGGCGCCGGCGGCGGAGGAGAUCGCGGCGGGCGCGAGGGCCAAGGAGGCGGCGGUGCUGGCCGCCGAGCUGGGCCAGCUCAGGGCGAAGAUCUCCGCCUUAGAGUCGCGCAUUGCGGAGCAGACUCUGGAGUUGAAGACCAAGGAUGAUGCAAUUGAAACACUGAAAAAGGUUAUCGAGGAGGUGUCACAAAGGAUAGCUACUCUGCAGAGUGAGAUAACUUCUGUCAAGGCGACGGGGUCUUUAGCUGCAGAGGAGCAGGCAAGCAAGGCCAAUGCACGGGCUAUUGAGCUUGAGAAGCAGAUCGACAAGCUCAAGAAGGAUGUUAAAGCACAAAAUAGCAAAAAGGCAGCUCUGGAAGCUAGGGCUGGUGAUGCAGAGAAGAAGGUGCAAGAGCUGAAUGCAAAGCUGGAAAAACUCCAGAGGACAAGCGAUGAGCAAAAGCGCAGGAUCCAAAAGACUGAAGUUGCUCUUAAAGCUGCUGAGGAGGAGCUGAUGAAGGUGCAGUUAGAAACAACAACAAAAUUGAAACAGCUGAGAGAGGUUCAUGGAGCAUGGUUGCCACCUUGGUUAGUGACACAUGCAGCUCGCUCAAUGGAGAUGAUGUCAAAUCACUGGAACGAACAUGGGAAACCUGUUGUCAACAGUUUAUUGCAGAAGGCAUCAGAAAAAUCUGUGGAGUUAAGGAAAUGGGUCCAGCCCCAUCUGGAAACUGCUAAGGCGAAAUGGAUGCCUGUUGCUAGGGAAAACUUGGUUACCUUGAAGAAAAAUGCGGAACCGUAUGUGCAAAUGGUCUCAACAAAAUCAGUAGAGGUUUAUCAAGCAUCAAGGGACUUUAUCACACCUCAUCUUGUGAAUGCACGUGAAGUUGCUGAUCCCUACUUGCAGGAAGCAAAGAAGAGAUCCAAACCUUAUAUUGAUCAAGUUGCUGUGGCCACUAAACCACAUGUCAAGAAAAUUAGAACUGCCCUGAAGCCUUAUACCAAAAGGGCGGUUAAUGUAUAUGGAAAAUUUCUUGAGAAGGCUACUACAUAUCAUCAUCAGGCUGAGGCAACUAUCUUGGAUUACCUUCACCAACAUGAAUUUACAAAACAGUUUGCAACUCAAGAGGUGGUGUGGUAUCUGGCUUCUGCUUUGCUGGUUAUGCCCGUUUUUGUUUUGUACACACUCCUGGUCAAAACGUUCUGCUCCAAGAAUCAGAAGAGAUCCCCACGGAAUGGUAAUGCCAACCAUGGCCAUCGAAGACAUAAGCGCCGGCAUGCAGGCUAACAGACCAUAGAUAAACACUUCAGGUUUUUCUGCUGUGUGUCACAUUGUAGUUGCAGAAGAUCGUGAGUAUGACCAUGGAGUUCGUUGGAUGGUAUACACACUAUGGUGACCCGGGGUCAUCGCUGAAAUUUGCUGCGUAUCUACGAGUUGGUCGACACACAGAAGCUGUGUUUUUACCCCCAAUUUGUGGACAUUGUUGUAGUUGCGGUUUUGCAUCUGCACUUUCUGAGUAGGGAUUACGAGUUUAAAUUCGUGGGUGCUCAUUUAUUGUAGCCUUGUUUAUGUUUUUGAGCUUGUGUAAUUCGUGCUUUGUUGUCCAUUUAUAGUUGUACCUUCCACCGACUGUAAACGCUUCUUUCGACAGUGAAACUUACAACGUAGCUGCACUACAUGCUGUAC